AUGCGUUUGGUGAUUUUCCUGCCUAUCCUCUGCUGCCAACUUAGCAAGUCAGCCUUUGACUUCAAUGACAAUUCAUUGAAGGUCUUGCUAUUCUGGGCGGUUGACAAUGCUACCCGAACGCAGGAGACCGUAAUGCGAAACGUAGCGUAUGCUCGCCGUAUGGGAGGUCGCCAGUGCUGCGACGUGAUCCUUGCGCACUACGAGGGAAGCCCAAAUGAUUGGGACAAAAACUGGUAUGCGUCCGAAGUCACGUCAAGCCUGCAAAAGCCUGGUUACAAGUUCAGAUUCCUACAGGAGGCCUACAGGGAAGACCAGUGGACCCAAAAAUACGAAUUCGUCUGGGCUCUGGACAGCGAUAUCGAUUUUACGGACGUGAAUCUCGUGGAGCUCUUCCAGCUGGCACGCUCCUCCGGAUCCCUGAUCAUCGGCCCUACCUUUGCGGGCGACCAGGCAUGGAAGACCUAUGCGACGGACCUGAUGGUAGACGAGGCUGUCGAGUCCAGGAAGGCCUUGCUCAGAUCGGACAAUCUUGUGGACCGGCAGAAGAUCAAUGUGCUGGGAGGGCUGCACGGAGGGCCUCGACGCCUGGGCCCAUACUUCACGAAGGUCCCGCUCUUCAAAAUGGACCCGACCGACGCGGAGCUGGCGGCGAUAGCAGACCUACCGGGAGUGUUCACGUGGGCAGGAGUGACAGGGGCCUUGGAGCGAGCACUGCGGGCGGCAUUGGGCGACCCAGCUCGCGUGCGAGAGCUAGCCCUCGUCCCUAGAGCUGCCUGGGACACCAUGGUGAGCACCUUGCGAGUGGCAGGACCAGCCGACGCCGACGGCAAUCCAGGCCCGCCCCGGGACUUGACCUUGGUAGAAAGAGCCCGGGUCGAGUCGAGCCGUCGAGUGGCUUUGCUGCGCAUGGGCAUCCCCCCAGACGUCCCAGGGGGAACAAGCCCGCCAGCACCAGCACCGACAACAGGGCCAGCACCCACGGGGAGCACACCGGCGACAGGAGCGAGGAGGCUGAAGUUGUCGUCCAUCCUCGACCCUACCUUGGACGCCGAGGUCUCGCCGCUGGGCGCCGCCGAGCUGCAACAGCUCUACAAGGACUACAAGGCCAAGUUCGGCGAUUACCCCAGCCCGGAUGCCGAUCCCUCCUCGGAUCAAGUGGCGUCGCUGCGCCAGGUGGUGGCCGCGGGAGCUGCACCUUACGCAGAUUUCUCGCUGUUCGGGCCUCACGGCCUGCGCCUCCUUCGCAAGCAGACGUUCACGAGCUACACUCUGAACGUUGCCACGGGCGAGUGGUCCAAGAAGGAGCAGCCGGGCCCCUCGAGCUACCACACGUGGAUGGAAGCUUGGAAGGUGUUCCGCACCACGCUCCUCUUGCUGGAGAUCGCCGACGCGGAGCGGCUGGACGCCUACGCGGAGCACGUCAGGUCAUAUGUCACCCAGUUUUCCGACAACUGCUGGUGGCUGAUCUACAGGGCGGAGAACCGCCUUCGCUGUGAACACCUCGAACGCAUCCGGCGGACCUUGACGGACCGCCCGGAGUUCGGGUUCACUAGCGCAAGGCCCUGGAACGCGUGCUUUGCUGCGGCCGUCCGUGACAGCGACUUCUGGACGAGAGAGCUGAUCACGCCCGCGACCCUCUGGUUGUCUCAGAGGCAGCCAGGAAGCGGGAGCGACGGCAGCGGCGGCGGCGGUUCGGGCACGGGGCAGCUCAAAGGUCGAGUCGGGCAAGGAAGUGGGGCCGAUGAUGGCUCCCCUAAGAAGAAGCAAAAGAAGGGGCGCUAUGAUGGGGAGGACAAGAGUGAGAAGAAGGCAAAUGCCGAGAUGGCUGCAGCCAUCAAUGCAACAUCCGGGGGUGAGACAGCGGCGGCUCCGCCUGGCACUUCUCAUGGGGGGCGGUACGUCAAGCCGACGCCGAAGCGGAAAGCAGGGCCGGCAGACGACGCGAACCAGCAGCUUGUGGACAAGACGGCGCAGUCCAAGGCAUCGGGCACCCGACCCUCCGAGCCGCGUCAGCCUCCAGCGCAGAAGCCACCGACGCCGCCACGGGCCAGGCCGGCGAUCAAGCGCAAGAGGCCCGAUGCCACCCAGCCGGCCACUUCCUCCACAGCCGACGGAAGCCCGAAGGCCAAGGUGAAGAAGCACGCAGCGGCGGCAGCCACGGGCAACAGAGCGAAGGGUGCGAGCGGCAAGCUGGCCAGCACCCAAAGCCUCCUGCUGGUUCCCCCGCUGGAGACGGCGUGGCCCGACUACCAGCCGCUUGUCAGGGGCCCACGGCCGUAUGGGAUGUGGAUGGAGCAGCCCGCCGACACCUUUGUGGAGAGGCCUUGGGCACUCGUCCUUUUCAGUGGCCGGCGCCGCAAAGGAGACCUUCCCAACUGGCUGGUGCACUAUGGCUUCAUGGUGUGCUGUGUCGACAGGGACUCCUCGCCGUCAUGCGACGUCCUCGACGAAAGUCAGUGGAACUUAGUCGAACGAGACAUCAUCGACGGGCACUUCUCGGUGGUGUGGGCUGGCACACCUUGCGGCACCUUCAGCCCUCUGAGGGAGGUCCGCCCUGGACCCCGCCCGCUCCGCACGGUUGAGCACAUAGAGGGCAAGCCGGACCUCAGCCCGUCGGAGAAGACACAGGUCAAAGAGGCCAACGUGCUGGUGGAACGCACGCAUGAUGCACUGGUGGCGGCCUGGGACCAAAAGCUCACCUGGGGCUUGGAGAACCCGGCCCACGGCGAGAACAAACCGGAACUUUGGCAGAUGCCGCUUAUCCGCCAACUCGCGGGCCUCGAUCGGGUCGCCAUUGCAGCGUUUGACCAGUGCAAGCUCGGCCUGGACACGGUGAAGCCCACCAAGAUCCUCUACAGCAGCAACGCCAGUGGCUUUGAAGUUCUGGACGGGCUUCGGUGUGAUCACCCUCCAGGGUCCCAUGGCAGCACCGCCGGGAAGAAGGAGAGGGGCCCGGCCGGCUCCAAGCAGUGGGCCUCCAAGCGCCAAGGCGAAUACACGCCCCACCUCUCUCAGAUUAUCGCUCAUUCUCUGUACCAGGGCUUCCGCGUCAGGGCCCUGGCGGCGAAGGGCCCGAGGACGGAGAGGGACAGGGAGAACAGCCAGGCCUUGGGCGGCAUGCGAAACCCCCGCCGUUCACUCCGCAGGCUGCCCAAGUCGAGAAGGGUGGGUCGGGCCAUCCACAAGCUGCUUCGAAGCUCCAUUCAGCAGUGGCCCGAGCUGGUCGAACCUGCGCUCGCCAUCCUGGAGGGGAGGAAGCCGGAGGAGUUCGACAUGGAUGUGAUCGGCAAGAUCCGGGCAGCCGUUCUCACAACAUUGGGGGCCGACGCGCGGGCCACGACACGCGAACGCACGGCCCCAGCGAGCACGCCACUUCGGGCCGAGAUCUUUGAGGCCUGGGGCAAAGCCACAGACGACCCGGACUCGGCAACACUGGCCGGCUGGCUCGACCACGGGGCGCCCCUUGGCUUGACAGAGGAUAUCCCUUCCACCGGGGUCUUCCCGCCGGUGGUGCCUCGGGACCUAAAGCCCCACGAGAAGCUCGACCGCAGGGCUCUUGAGGGCUGGUCCAACUACAAGUCGGCCGAGGAGGAGGCACACGUGCUGGACGAGCUCAUCACCGACUACGAGAGAAGAGGGUUCUGCACGGUGGUUUCCACCCUGGAGGAAGCCAUCGAGAUCUUGGGCGGCCCGCCCGUCCUCAACCGACUCGGCGUCUUGGUGAAAGAGAAGAAGGACGCACAGGGCAACCUGGUGCGAAAGGCCCGGGUCAUUUGGGACCUGAAAGAGUCACAGGUGAACAAGGCGUGCAACCAGGGGGAAAGGAUUAUCCUCCCUAGGCUUCUGGACGUGGUGGCCUCCCUCCUGGCGGCCUAUCGGAGGGGCCGGCCACCCUUCCUGGCGUGCAUCGACAUCCGGGACGCCUUCAUGAAUAUACCAGCCGGGAAGGACCGGCGCUUUACGGUGGCGGCCGUCCCUCGGAAGCGGAACCGAGGCAAGAUGCACAAGCUGGUGCUCUUUAACACGUUGGUGUUUGGAUCGGCGUCCUCACCAACCGUGUGGGGACGCGCCGCAGCGUGGCUUGGAAGAACGACGGCAGCCACGGGGCCAGCCGACACCCAGGUGUACGUCGAUGAUCCGGUCUUCGUGCUGGACGGGCCGCACUUGAAGGUCGCCGCCUCAGACCUGACGGUGGCCCUGCUUUGGGCCGCCGUUUCAGGCUACCCCGUCAAGCUUUCGAAAGCCUGUGGUGGCAAAGACUUGGAAUGGGUGGGCGCGAGGAUCCGGUGCGUCGACGCGGAGGAGGCAGUGAUCGUGACCCUGCCGGCCUCCAAAAUUCAGGCCCUCCUGCAAGACACCGACAAGUUCCUGGGCCGAUCAGUGGUGGGAUCAAGGGAGCUACGCUCCUUCACGGGGGCUCUCUCUUUCGUUGCGGGCCUGGUGCCGCACUUGCGGCCGUUCCUGGCUACCUUCUGGGCGGUUUUGACCAGGCAUGAUGUGACGGGUGAAGGUCGGCAUGCUUUGUCGACCCGAAGGCUCAUACAUGUCAGGCGGAUCCGCCCGGCACUCUGCUGGGUUCGGGCGCUACUAGCCGGAGGCCCCACCAUCGAGAAGAUCUUCUACGCCAACCCGCCCAAGGUCGACCUGGAGAUCGUCACCCACGCUUGCCCAUGGGGGAUGGGAGGAAUAAGGAGAGAAGGGGGGCGUCCCACGGCCUACUUCUACCUCCACAUCCCAGACGUCGUCCUCCGAAAAUUCGGGGCGGAGCGGGGCCUGCCGAAAUACAACACGCUGUGGGAAGGACUGGCCCUUCUGGUCGCCUUCCGCUUGUGGCUGCCCUCCCUCGUUCAUGGCGCCACGUUUCGUGCCAAGUCGGACAACCUCGGGUUCCUCAUGGCACUUGCCAAGGGAAGCGCAAGGUCUGCGGACCUCAAUGUGCUUGCUCGGGAGUUUGCCUUCGACCAGGCGACGCGGGCCUACCACGUGAACGGUUUGGUCCACAUCCCCGGCGUCACGAAUGUGCAGGCGGACGCCCUUUCUCGCCAGUUCGCUCCUGAGGCAAAACGCUUCCCAAAGGAGCUUCUGGAGGUUCCUCGUGACGAGGUCCUCAUCAACGAUCACUUCUGGAAAGUGUGA